UAUGUCCCAGUGCUGGUAGUGAUAAAUGAUGUACAAAAUGAGUGAAUGCUGAGAGACACAGCCACACAUAGAAUAGGGAACCUAAGGAGAAUUCCUCGACAGCAAGAGACAACUGAUUUUAUGAAGAGAGCAGUUUUGUUGAAAAUAAUAUGAAUAGAUGGAGAAAUAGUAUUACUGUGCAUUGCUGAGCUAUUUCUUUGACUUCUGUGUUAGAGACAUGUAAGUGCUGAACUCAAUUAGUCUUUCAUCAGAAUCACUCUUAUUUUUACAAUUCAGAAAGUGUGGUAGGCUGUACAUAAAUGUGAAAUACAGUUUUUAGUAUGAGAACAAAGCUUCAUGAAAUUGCACAUACACACACACUAAAAAUAAAAUAAAAUAAAAAAUAAAAAUAAAAAAAAAAAAAAACAAACAAAAAAAAACCAAACAAACAAAAAAAAACAACUCUGCAAAUAUGGCACCUGCUGGGCCAAUAGUCCUUCUCCAAGGAUUCAUGGUGUCUGCAGACAGAUUUCUAUUCAAUUGUCUUCCUUUUAUCUCCCCUUCAUUCUUUUCUAAUUAUCAUCAGUCCACCUCUUCUUUUUAUUCUCUACAGCACUAACUGACACCCAUCAACAGCAAGUUGAGGUCACUAAGGCAAGUGCCUGUGUCCUGCUAGAACUGAUCAUUGAUCUGUGAGUAUGACACCCAUAUGACAGAGCAAGGUCACUCAACUUUUUUCCCUCAAUUUUUCAGUUUUAUACAGGUAGCUACCACUUCAAGGUUCUUCUUCACAGCCUGUCACGUUGUUUCUUAUUAUACUGCCGCAUGAAAAAUAGGGAGUACUUCAACCUUUAUGAGAUAUUAUCUCCUAAGUAUUGCUCUGCUAACAGUUCAGAAACACACUCUUCACUACAAAAUGUCACUGAGGUACCUUAUUUUAAAAAUACGAUUUUGUCUAGUAACAAGUGCUACUAUGGGAAAAAAACUGCAAAGAAAGAAAGAAGCCAACUCAUUAGGAAUAACCUAUUAAAUCUUAAUGAAAAUAUGUUCUAAAGGAGUCAUAUAUCUGCAAGGAUGACAUAAAUAAUAAUCCAAUGUGAAACAAAAAUUCACUCAAAUACCUAUGAUAGCAACUUUUGUUGAUGUAAAGCACUUUAGGAUAUUGCAUAAGUGCCACUAAGCUAUGCAUCUUUGAGUAAAAAAAGCAUUUGGAAGUUGUUCAAGGUCUUUUAUUUAAAAUGGAUAAAUCUGCAUAUUAAAAAUAAGUUUUAUACUCUGGCAUCAGCACGCCACUCUCUAAUAUUUAAUGUAAAAAUACAUGUAUUUACGUGAAUAUGUAAAACAAACUACCCAUCUUGUUCUUUUGAUUGAUUGACUUGACAUAUUUAUUUAAUUCUAUAGAGGAGUGAAUGGCACAUUCAUUGACACAUUCCUAAAGAUGUAAUUUCUAUCUAUCUGACCAGGGUCUGAAGCAGCCUCAGGAGUGUUUUUAAAUUAAUACUAAUUCAGAAGUGAAAUACCUUCUCUGAAGGGAGAAAAACGAUUGUUCUAUUUCACUGAUUUUCAAAAACAAAGAUUGAAUGGAAACAUAAAAGUUGAGGUCAGCCCUUGAUAGACUGUCUUCAUGAUCUAGAAAGGACAGAAAACAUUAUGGUUUUACACAUCUUAUAAUCAACUUACAACAGGGCCAGAGUUUCAAAUGAGAUUCAACUGCUGUAGACACUAGUGCAAAUCAGCAUCACUGUCCUUACUAGAUUUGAUGAUAGGCUAUCUGAUGUUGAUGAGAAUUUAAAAAGGAACAAGAACAGGAAUGAGAAAAAACACAUUCUGAGGUCAGUGACAUAAGAAGGUUUAAAAGAUUUCAGAGAAGUAUAGAGAUUUUUUUUUAAAAAAAGGGUGCUUCUUUCCACAUUUCAUUCAAUGGGUUUAAAAACUACUGAAGACUGAAAAUGUCUUCAUCCAUGCAGUAUAAAUCAAUCUCUAAUUGAUGGAUAAUAGAAGGAUUGGCUAAGGACAAUUAUUACAUUGUUGAAAACUGACUUAUGAAACAAAUUGUUCUGGCAAACUUCUGAUAUUAAAAGGCAUGAUGUUAAGAUGACUUCAUAACCCAGAACCAUGGAAUCAGGAAAUAAAACCAGAAUGGACUUUAAGGCAUCAUGAGAUUAUUCCUUUAUCCAAAGGCAGAGUCAGCUGAACUUAAAACACUGCUGACAGAUAUUUGCACAGUCUGGUCUAAAAGCCAGAUGUUAUUACACAACUCUCCUCCUGCAUCUAGACCUCCAUCACCCUCAACCUUUUCCUUGCUACAUCACAUUGUAAACUCCUACAUAAAUCACCCCUAUCUCAAUGCCUAUUAUUUUAUAACCAGGACAUAACACCUAUUUUUCACUGUUAGAUUUUUUUCCCCUGAUGAUUAUCUGCAUGCUUUCUUGCUUAGAAUGACAUUCAUUACUUUUUUGUCCUACUUAUGAUGAUCAUGGUUAAUGCUUUACCGUUUCCUUCAUUUUUUUUCUCUUUCUUACUCCUAUUUUCUUAGUAGAUUUCAGUAUAUCAUAAAAAAAGCAAUAUACUUUAAUAUACUGCCCUACCAUGAUUAAGCUGUUCUUUUUUAGACACCACAAUAACUGGGUAGGUCUUUCAAAAUAUUCUGCAUGAUGAGCUUUUUCUCAGUUCUGUGGAACAAUUCUCCUACCCAUAAGAUGACCUUAUUGCCCAAGUGGUUCAACAACAUUCAGAUGUAAUGUUCUUUAUCUAUCUCUAUCCAUUUGCUUGAAAUGUUAUCCUCAUUGUGAUAUUUUAAUUUCCUUUAAAACAGCUUGCUUAUUCUAUACAUUCUAGAGUCUCAAUCCAAUAUUUGCUCUCAAUCACCUUUUGCCACACUGCCAAAUUCUAUCCAAAUCAUUGUACUGCUUAUCCCUAGGAUUGUGUGAAUGACCAAACUUAAUACUGAUAUUAUUUAGUUGUGUGAAGCUCCCAGUACAGAGAAAUGCAUCUUUUCUUUGUAUGUAAAAUUGUUAAACUGUAACCAAAGCAAAGUAACAGAAAUAAACAGGAUAUGAUAAACUACAGAUAGAAAGGUUCAGGCCUCCGAAUGUGUGCAGUUAUAAGAAAGCAAAUAUAGCUAAGUGUCCAGGUUUCUCAGCCUUUCCUUUAGAGAAAAAGUUAUAGGUGGAAAAAAAAAAAAAAGAAAACAUAGAUACCUAUAGCACAUAGGAACAGUAUGUACACAUAAAGACCUUCCUAUGUCUGUUUCUGGGGCAUAUCAUGAGCAGUUUAGUUUCUGAUAGUACUGUCUCCAGAUGAUGAUAUAUCCAGGAAUGUCAGCACAGAUUUAUAAUUUGCCAUAUUUCUCUCUAAAUUUGUCAAUCUGUUUCAGUAUCACUGUGGAUGUACUGCACACCUUCCAUCCCCACAACAGCGCUUGCAUUCCCUGCCAAAGACACAAGCACUUUAACGCAACAGCAAUGACCACUGUAGCUGACUGACAAAGCUUACAAAAUUAUUACAAAUGAUGUGGACAUUUCUACUUAAGAGAAAUUAUGGGUUUGCAAAAUCUGAAAUGCUUUGAAGAAAGAUAUCGAUGUUUAUUGUCAUUGGAAGAUUACUAAAGGCCAGAGCCUACAUUUCCUCUCCAAAGAGGCUUCCUCUAUCAUUUGCUGAGUUUCAGACUAAGGACCCUUCGGAUCAUAAUUUGCAGUCUGAAGAUAGGGCAUAUUGGGCAUAUUUUACUUCUAUUGAUGUAAGUCCUGUCUUCUCCUGUCCUUCUUUGAAAUAUCAGUGUAUCACCAUUUCCUACAGUGUAUAAAACAGAACUAGAAAAAGAAUGGGAAAAAGAAGUCAGAAAUAUAUGAAGACACAGAGAAGCUACUCGGUAGACAAUAAAAAAGAGCAUUCUAGCAACCUUGGAAAGUGUUAUAGUAAAUGACAUGUGAAAUAAUAAUCAGAAAUUACUGUGUGUAUGAUAAGCAUCAGGAAGGAAAAUAAGAGAUAAAACCCCCAUCCUAGAACCGUACUUAUGUCAGAAACCAGAUAAAUAAUAAUAGAAAAAUAUUCAUUGAGGUCUAAGGAACUGGUAAGAGUGGUAAGGUAUUAGAUGCAUGCUUGGCUAGAUUGCCUUAGAAGUAAUUAAAAAUACCUUAGCAAGAAAAAAACUUCAUACAACUACAUCAAAGAAUAGGAAUAAUAUUUUGGAUUGCACAUACAUGUCUAUUCACUAAUAAGAGAUGAUAUGGUAACUACUAGCACACGUAGCUUUUGUACCAUGUUAAACAGAACUAUUAAUUGUUUUGGGAUGUUGGUUCUAAAGUCACUAUUCACAGCAGUAAUACAACUAAUCACAACACCUCAUCAGUUUUUCCUCUGUAAGCACAAAAUAAAAUUGCUAAAGCCUGAAGUUAAUUAUUUAUCUCAGGUGAUGGUGAUAGUGGUAGCAUCAACAGUUACAGGAAAGGAAAUAAAACCUUCUAUUGUCUUAAUCAUUUUGUGGCUAAACACACAGCAAUGCGUCCUGCUGCCUUGUGCCACUCCCCCCUGGACCUGGGGAAUUAAAACUGUCACACCAGUGCCAGUGGAUUGCGGGAGAGACCUGCCCCUUCCCCGCCUCCCUCUGCGCUUUCCCCCGUCCCGUCCCGUCCCGUCCCGUCCCGUCCCGUCCCGUCCCGUCCCGUCCCGUCCCGUCCCGUCCCGUCCCGUCCCGUCCCGUCCCGCGGGGCCGUGGCAGUGCUCUGCUCCGACGUCCACCUGCACGCCAAUCUCAUCUUGCAGGAGGAGCAACCCGGGAGGCAGGCAGACCCCCCCCUGGAGCAGCAGGAGGAGGGACCAGAAGACAUCCCCUCACCUUGAGGAGUCAAGAGCUUGCUGAUGGAUGCCUCUCUGUUGAUUUGGAAGCAGGGAGCCACGCAGGAACAUAUGGGGCAGGAAGGAUUAACUUUUUCUUUUUAUCCAACAGUCCUGCUUUAGUUCCUUUAGUUCUGUGUUGGCAAUUUAAGAGACUUUCAAUUAUCCUCAUCAGAGUGUUCACCGGUGCAGCUUCAAUGAGUAAAAUAACUGGGUGUAAGUGUGUUUUUUUUCUGAUGGAUGUUGUGGUUAAGAGGACAUGACAGUGAGCUGCAAGAGUCAUUAUCUACCAAUUUUGCUGGUUUAUUUUAGUAAGCAAUUUAUAGGUUUUCCAGAAUGUCUUUUACAUUUUCCGCUCAUUAAUUGAGUCCCAUUUAUAUUAUUUCUUUUGCAUUAAAAGAUGUAUUGCACUAUUUAAAGUCUUAAUUUAGCCCAUAUGUCAAAACUAUAUCUAGAUGAGCCACUUACAGCACUUUUGUAUGAAUCGCAGCAUGUAAGUCUUUUACCUCCUGUCUUUUUUAUCCUCGCAGAUUCAGUUUCUUUAUUAGAAGGUAGGAAAGGAACAAAAAAAGUAUAAGUAUAAUAAACAGCAAUAUUAAAACACAAAUUUGGGACUACCAUGUCAAGUUCAAGCUGCAGAAGAUAUUUUAAAAGCCUAGAAAAAAUGGUGCAAAACCUUGCACAAAGUUGCAAAAGAGCAUCUUAACCAGUCCUUGUGCCCAAGCAGAGUUCCUCAGCCACCCCACAGUACCCCUGGAAAAUAAAAAGAUGUUUCCAGACAAUUAAGAUGACAACCAGACUUACAGAACGAAAAUGUGAAAACCCCAUUGUUUUGAGGCUAUUUUCUAAGCACUCUAAAGAGGAAUGAGCAUUUGGAUUUAUAUGUAGUGAGGUUGGAAGUAGUUCUUAGAUAUUGUAUUAAGAUGCUCAACAGACUGAACACUAUACAAGAAAAGCCCUGUGACAUGAAGAGAUUAACCUUAGCCUUGAAAAGAAACAGCACCAUCUUUCAUUCUCCUACCUUAUCAGAGAAAGAUAUUCCUCUGAAGCAUUUCAGAGAAUUUGAUCAGCUUGGAAUUUUUCAACUUUGAAACAGCUCAGACUUCAACCAUUUCCUCAAGAAUAGAAUUGCUGAAGCUAUAGAAUGACUGCAGAAAAUGAAAAUAAUUUUUCAUCAGAUUGAGUCCUAAGAUGAAAACUGAUUGAAAGGAGGGUUCAUCAUGAAUUGCUCUGUAUUACUAUCACUUAUGUUGAUUCUGGUUCAACUUUGGCUUUGCUCUCCGCACAUGCAGAACCACAGCACUCAAAACACAGAUCGGACUUUCACAGCAGUUCGAAGAGUGAAACGUGGCUGGGUAUGGGAACCACUAUUUGCAACUGAGGAACAGACUUCGAUGGUGCCUGUAUAUAUUGGACAGCUGAAAUCAGAUUUAGACAAGCAGGAUGGCAACCUGAAAUAUCUUUUGACAGGGGAGGGAGCUGGAAGCAUUUUUAUCAUUGAUGAAAAUAAUGGCAAAAUUUACGUGACACAAAAGCUGGAUCGAGAAAAGAAAGCCUUCUACACACUAAGAGCACAAGCAAUCAAGAGGAGCACUCAGCUUCCUGUUGAACCUGAAUCAGAAUUUGUUAUCAAGGUUCGAGAUGUCAAUGAUCAUGAACCACAAUUCUUGGAUGGACCUUAUGUGGCCACUGUUCCAGAGAUGUCACCUGAAGGUACUUCGGUUACACAGGUAACAGCAACAGAUGGUGAUGACCCUUCUUAUGGCAAUAGUGCCCGUCUGCUUUACAGUCUCAUUCAGGGACAGCCUUAUUUCUCUGUGGAGCCAAAGACAGGGGUCAUCAGAAUGGCUUCCCAAAUGGAUAGAGAAACAAAAGAUCAAUAUUUGGUUAUCAUCCAAGCCAAAGAUAUGGUUGGACAAACAGGUGCAUUUUCAGCAACAACCACUGUCACCAUCAACCUCUCUGACAUCAAUGACAAUCCACCUAAAUUUCAACAGCGACUCUACUAUAUGAACGUCUCUGAAGAGGCUCCUGUGGGAACUACUAUAGGCAAAGUCUUUGCAGAAGACAGUGACAUAGGGGAGAAUGCAGCCAUGAAUUAUUUCAUUGAAGGAGAUAGCUCAGAUAUUUUUGACAUCAUUACUGACAACAAGACUCAAGAAGGAAUUAUCCUAUUAAAAAAGAGAGUGGAUUAUGAGAUCAAGAGAAGAUACAGUAUUGAAGCAAAAGUUGUAAACAGGUACAUUGAUGAACGUUUUCUGGAAGAAGGACCAUUUGAAGACAAAACAAUUGUCAAAAUCAAUGUGGAAGAUGCUGAUGAACCUCCAGUUUUCACCUUGGAGAACUAUGUGAUGGAGAUUGCUGAAGGGGCUAUGGGAGGAUCACUGGUGGGUGUUGUAACUGCUAGAGAUCCAGACGAUGAUGACUGCCCAGUCAGGUACUCUAUUGUCCAUGACAUGCAUUUAAAGAGAUUGUUCAGCAUCAAUGAACACAAUGGAACAAUCAUUACAACUAAACCUCUGGACCGAGAGAUAGCUUCUUGGCACAACAUAACUGUUACAGCCACAGAAACAAAAAAUCCUGAAAAAAUUUCAGAAGCAAAUGUGUAUAUCCAAGUUCUUGAUGUUAAUGAUCAUGCUCCAGAAUUCCCCAAAUAUUAUGAAACAUUUGUUUGUGAAAAUGCAGUUUCUGGACAGCUAAUUCAAAGCAUCAGUGCAGUGGAUCAAGAUGACCCAGCAGAAGGUCACCAUUUUUACUUCUCAUUGGCUCAAGAGGCCACAAACAACUCACAUUUUUUUGUCAAAGAUAAUCAAGAUAACACAGCUGGAAUUUUCACAGCAAAAAGUGGCUUCAGGAGGCAAGAGCAGUUUUCUUUCUACUUGCCAAUCUUAAUUCUGGAUAAUGGAACCCCACCGCUGACAAGCACAAAUACUCUCACCAUCACUGUCUGUGACUGUGAUAUCGAAGUUAACACCUUCUACUGUCGAUAUGGAGCUUUCAUGUAUUCCAUGGGUCUUAGCACAGAAGCUUUAGUUGCUAUUUUGGCUUGCAUACUAAUACUCCUAGUGUUCUUUUUGGCAAUUGUAGCCAUAAGGCAGCAGAGGAAGAAGUCUCCCUUCUCAGAGAAAAUGGAAGAAUUCAGAGAGAACAUUGUCAGGUAUGACGAUGAAGGAGGUGGUGAGGAGGACACAGAAGCCUUUGAUAUUUCAGCACUGAGGACCCGUACUGUCAUGCGAACACAUAGACCUCGGAAGAAGGUCACCACAGAAAUCCACAGCCUCUACAGACAGUCUCUGCAGGUUGGCCCUGACAGUGCGAUCUUCAGGCAAUUCAUUUCAGAAAAGCUCGAAGAAGCCAAUACAGAUCCCAGUGCUCCUCCAUAUGACUCACUUCAGACCUAUGCGUUUGAGGGGACUGGCUCUUUGGCAGGAUCCCUCAGCUCUUUAGGUUCAAACUUGUCAGAUGUUGAUCAGAGCUAUGAAUACCUUACAGACUGGGGACCUCACUUUAAACAGCUUGCAGACAUGUACACUUCCCAUAGCACUGUGGAGGAUUAGUUACUCUUUGGUUUCUUGUUUUAUUUUCCUAAAUCUCAGCAACCAAAAUUAACUGGAUUUUUAAAAGGAGAUCAUCCCACAUUUAAGCACGAAUAAUAAAAGCCCAAUGUUGUUCGUUUGGUGUUUUUUUCUGGAAAGUCCUGGAUUUAGAGAUCUUUUGAAAAAUCACUCCAGUUGUGUCAUGAGGUCAGGGGAUGGAAACUCCCAUUUGAAAAAUCUCAUGGUUGUUUAGGAGCCUGAAUGCAAACUGUGUGUCUUUGGAUAUCUAGACCUCCUUCUGGAUACUGAAAACCUGAGUUCUGCAAGUACAAAAUGAGGAGUAGAAGCCAUAAAUUGAUAUUGUAAAUAUUCUGUCAUCCAUAUGCUUUAAACUGUUUCCAAAGUUAAGACAGACUUUUGCUGUUGCAGUUGAAUAUAUCCAUUAACCAAAGUUAAACAUGAAUAUUUGUAUAAUGCUUCAUUAUAUAAAUAUACUUGUGUGAAAAAGUAGAACCUAGAUAUUCUAAUACAAUUGUCAGAAGCACUCACAUAAUCAUCCAUUUAUUGUUCUUAGGAUAAUAAAACUAAAGAAAAUGUCUUUCCCUAUCAGUGUAAAAAUAAAGACUUAUUGCAGCAUCAGAGGGUAUUUGCUGCCAUUUAUUUUUUAAUGGAAAAUGUAUAAACCAAUACUUAAUUUAGCAAAUAAGGUAGAAAAAAAUAAAUCAGUUCAAGUUAGAAUCAAUAUUCAAAGUAAAUACUGCAAUCAACAACAUUAUAUAUUACCGUACUUAGAAUAAAAUGCUAUCCAAAUACAGGCAUUUUUCCUCUUAUUAAGAGUUUAAAGGAUGACUGAUAUACCAGCGCAGUUUUAUUUUUUUAUAUUGGAAUAUAAAAUAAUCUGCAGUAGUCAUUUUUAUUGUAAUAAUAUUAAGAAUCUUUAAAAUGCUAAACUGAUGGUUAUAAAACUUUAUGUAUAACAUUAGAUAAUAAGAUAAUAAAAUGCUUUAAUGUUAAUCCACUUCUGAAAAUGAUCCUGAAUCAUUAGGCAACACUCAAGUCAGACUUCAAAAUUAAUUUCCCACUGUAUUUUUUCCAAACAUUCCAUAAUGAAUAUAAAGCUGUCUCAGAAUAUUUCUUUACUCUUAUUUAUACCACUACCCAGAGCAAUUUUGAGUCUGAGGGCCAUCACAUAUGUUCAAAAUGGCCUGUCUGGAAAAAGUAACCUGCCUGUUUUUUAUUCACCUCUCUUCCAUCAGGUACUUAUUUUACAGAAAUUACAUCAUGUAAUCUAUGGAUACAUUUCCACAGCUAGAAACUGGCAUCAGGAUAAAGAAAAUUAUGCAGCAUUUCUUAAUUUUUCCUUUUUUUUUUUUUUUAAUAAGAUUUUAGUUAAGUGCUACUGAAUUACAGAGAGCCAGGCAAAACUUAUGCAAAGGGAAAAAAAAAAAAAAAAACAUAAACAAAAAUACAACCAAAAAAAAACCCCACAAACCAAAAAAAAGCAUGUAACAUAAAAGCUCUGUGAUAUUUGCUAAAAUUGCUGAAGAGAACCAAGGCGUGUAAGCUUAGUGGAAAGGUGCCAGUGCAGAGUUUAAAUUCCUGUCAGCUAAAAAUAAAACAUGUGGAAGAGUUUGAAAACUAGGAGAGAUUUCCAAUGUGAGGUCUGGUAAGGGCAGAAACAUUAUUCAUGAUAUUCAUAGCUGGAAAAACACAGGAAAGAGGGUCAUCUGACCAGGUGCAGAUGAAGCAGCAUCUGCUUCAUAUGGAAAACCAGGUUCUUGCCAGUCUCAUGCUAGGAAGCCAGUAUGCAGCUACAAAACAGCUUUAAAAGAUGUAUGAGGAAAAAUAUUGUACUAAUGACUCCAACAUGUGUUCAGUGGCUCUCAAACAGAUGUGACAAAAUGACAUUUAUUUGAGAUAAUGUGGUACAUAUUAGUAACUUGCUCCAUGGAAAGGGAUAGAGAAAGAAAGAACAACUAUACAUGCGCUGUUUGUUGGUGAUGGUGAAAAGCACAUUUUUAAGAUUAGGUCUAUAAACUUUUUGCAGGUUAUACCCUAAACAAAUCCUUAUUCCACAGAUUGUUCCGGUGGCAUUAAGAGAAUUCCUCGUGCUUUCAGGUUGUAUUUAGUACAAAAAGGAUAAGUGUGUCUGAUCCUCUCUCAAUCCAGAGAUUCUAUCCAUUUAUGUGGGGAAACAGACUUGAAUGCUCAACCAAAUUUGCACCUGUAAUAUAAUUUCCUCAUUUUACUGUAAGGAAUUUUAACAAUAAAUAAUUUUUGUAACCAGUGCAUAGCACUCUGUAAUUUUUUGUAAGCCGUGUAUGCCACUGUCAGUAACUUCUAUAUGAAAGAGAAUAAUGGCCUACAAUGGACCUUAAAUGAUCUUUAGUUUUAAAGAUGUGAGACUGUUUGCACAGCAGAGGAAAGGAGUGUUUUGCUCUGAAGUAAGAAGUUAUUCCUAGCUGUUAGUGGGCCACACCUUAUUAGGUUCCUGGUAUUCAAUCUAAGUCAAACCUACCAAUUUAUUUCCACAUGUGAGAAAAGAAUCACUGAACUGACCUAGUAACUUCACGAUUCUUUUAAUAUACUGUACUUAAUUUAGCUGAACCUUCAAAAACUUUUUGAAGUGUCUGCUUAUUUGAAGGGGGUAAACAUUCUGAGGAAGCUGAAACUAAAUAUAUAACAGAUAUUACAAUAAUUAAUGGUAUGACAUUAAUAAAGGAUAAGUUAUAAACCAGAGUUCCUGAUAAUGAGGUCUAUUAAACUGUGGAAUGGUUUUCCCGAGAAUCCUCUGUCACCUUUACCUUUUAAAAUUUGUUAGUAGCUAAAAUUAGUUAUACUAUUGGCUGAAGUGAAGAAUGCAGGUAUGGUACCAGAUGGUAAACAUAUAUUCAGCUGUUCAUGACAUGCCUGACAGAAUAUAAGGAAGACUCAUUGACUGGUCAAAGGAAGUAUGAUUAUAAGCAUUGCUUUUCUGUAUGAAAAAUUUGAAGAGAGGUUCCUGUAUACUUCUCUUUCUGUAACAUGGUAAUGAGAUAGGUUAAGAACUGGUGAAAUAUCUGACAAAAGGCUGACUUCCUGUGUCAGUCCUUGCUCAUCAGGAUUCAGACUGUUGUGUUAUUGGUUUUAUUAUUUAAAAGACGAGGAAAUGAAAACUAUGCAUAUAUUAAUAAAUGCUUAACAUUCAGAUGUUUGAAGUUAAAAAAAAACCCCAAAAUUACUUGAUAGCACAUUGCAGUUUCAGACUCGUGACUGGAAAAGGGUAUUUUAUUUAUUGGUUCACUCAAAAGAAAAUGUUUUCGUUUCAUUCUUAUUUUCUAUAUCACUGUGUAUGGUUUUUUAAUAUCAUAACACUGAGAAGCAAUCCUGCUUGCCAUGGAAGAUAAUCUUAGUCUUUAAUUCACAUAGUUUUCCUCCCGCAUUUUCUCACAGAUACUGUCAUUACACUCCUAGCUUUGGUUUCAAAAUUUGCAUUGGACAUGGGGUUGUUUUAACACUCAUUCUUAACUGUAUGGGGUAACCCUGUCAGAUGGGAAUAAAAUAUUUUUGAAAAGACA